AUGACGCGUGCCCCACAACCAGGCCUGAUCCAGCUUAUCUGCUCCUGUUUCCUUCCUCCAGGAUAUAUCUGCAUGGUUCAAACGCUUUUGGCUCCAAUUCCACCAUUCAUGCCAGAAUACACGAAAGACUUGUACUUAUUUGGCGAUUUUAGUGCACAUCUUGUACGCGGGUUGUCCUUUUUACAUUCUUUUGGGAUCAUUCAUGGCGAUCUCAAGCCAGAAAACGUCAUGAUGGCGUGUAGUAUUUCUGGCUCCUUUGCUACCAAUAUGCCAAUAAGGCCAUACAUUAUUGACCUUGGAAAUUCUUUAACCAUUAACGACCUCAAGUUUGUCGACAAGGACACCCCGAUUCAGCCAAUUUUAUACAGAGCGCCCGAGAUAUGUGGUCCCUCGGGUGCAUCUUGUUUGAGAUUAUCUGUGGAAAGCCCUUUCUAUCGGAGCUCCAAUAUUCCGAUUAUUCGCGGUCAACAGAGAUUUUAUCAGAACAAAUCAAAUGCCAACCACUAUUAUGUUGUAGUUAUUGAAGAUACUACCUCAUCGCUGCCCAAAAUCGCGGCAGCUGGCACCGUUUUCAUUGAGCACAAGUUCAUCCACCAAAAUGGAUUGGUUGGUCACAUUGAAGAUAUCGUUUCGUUGAAGGAGUAUCGUGGAAAUAAUUUUGGCAAAUGGUACCUGUCUGUGUUUGACCACUUAAAUGCUAGGAUUAUUGAGCAGUUAAAACAUAUAGCCGAUGCUGUGGGUUGUUACAAGGUCAUCCUUGAUUGUUCUGAUAGCAAUGUGCCAUUUUAUGAGAAAUGUGGCUUUGAAAAAAAGGAGGUCCAAAUGGUUGUUUAUCUAUCUCACAAUGACAAGAUCAAGCAAAAUAAAGACCUUACUCCCCCCUAUGUUAGCAAACUCUAA